AUGUAUUCUGAUGUAGUUAAAUUUGUUACCGAAUGCGACGUUUGUCUGGCAUAUAAAUUGCCAAGUCAUUGUACAUUAGGAACGAUGGGUAGACCAAACGAAUGCAGCAGACCUUUCCAGACCCUAUCAAUAGACUUGAUCAGGCCAUUACCACCAACUAGGAAACAAUAUUGCUAUAUUUUUGUUGUAUCUUGUUGCUUCUCGAAGUAUUGUCUUAUGUUCCCUUUACGUAGAGCCACCGCCGAUCUUGUUGCUAAGCACUUAGAAGAUUACGUGUUCCUUGUUCACGGUGUUCCUCAAACAAUUAUCCUAGACAACGGAGUCCAAUUCACAAGUCGUGAAAUGGACAGUCUUUAA